UGUUCACGAAGAAGAUCCAUCGCAACCCUGUUGGCUUCUGUUGUUGAUCUCAGUAACAUCAGAAACAAACAUGGACGGACUCCGCUGGUCCCGGGUCUUGUUACAAUGGGUGAAAGAUUCCCGCCUCAUUCCAUGCGAGUGCGACAGUAUCGAACAGUGCAGCGUCGAAGAAUUCUAUCAGCAGUUCCGCUCCCGGAUUCACCAAACGGUGGCCCUUCCGGAGGACAGCAUCAUCAGCUUCCUCCGGCAGCAUUUCCCCCACUACGAGCUGUAUCUAACCGAAACCGGUCAGAUCGCCGCUCCCGAUCACUUCUACAUCUUCUCCCUGUUGCUGUUCUUUUCCUGCGUUCGCCAUCCGGAACGGUUCUUCCAGCAGAUUUGCAACGGGUUCGACAAACCGCAGCAAUAUGCCGUGACGGCCUUCCUCAAGUCGAUGUUGGAAAGCGCGCAGAUGCGCCAGGAAAUCGACCGGAUGAUGAUCCGGCGCUCGAUUCAGGACGCCAUGCCACAAACAAUGUUGCCUCCGGAGACGCCUCCCAAUCCCAAUCCGGCGCCUCUUCAGCGGGAAUCCUCCCGGCUGAGUUUGCCUUCGCGGUUUACUUCCUCCACCGUCAGCAGUGGGGACAUCGUGGACGGCAGUCCGCUGCGAUUGGGACGGCAACCGCCAAAAAUUUCGCCUCCCACGCCCAAAACGAUCAUUCUGGACGAACGGACCAAACAGUUGAAGGAGCUGAAGGCUCAACUGGAGGCGGAACGCUACGAGAAGGGGUACCUCGAGGUGCAGCUCAAGCAGCUGCAGGACAAGAACGAGAAGUUUCUGGAAGACAAACGGAAGUACGUGAAGGAGAUCCGAGAGUUGCGGACGGAACUGCAGGCGUGCAAUCGGGAGAACGAGUCGCCGAAUAAGCAGCGUGGGGCGGACCACAAGGUGGCCCGCAUCGAGCGGCUGCUGGCCGAGAAGGAGGAAGCCCUGGAUCGACUGCGGAUCGAGCUGGAAACGGUCGCCGAGAACAACCGGAACUCGACGGAGAUG